UUAUAUUAAUUAUAGGAAGUCAGACUUUCAUUUCUCCCUUGUUUCAAAAGAAGGUCAGUAGGUUGGAUGAGCAGCUGGUACAGACACAAUCUAGAACUCGGUGAGGCUGUUUGGUCAUGAAGCUUGCUGUGCUUUGCUUAGGGGUCUUGCUGGGGCUACUGGCAGCCCAAGGGACAGGAAAUGACUGCCCUCAUAAAAAAUCUGCCACUCUGCUGCCAUCCUUCACGGUGACACCUACAGCUACGGAAAGCACAAGCCCUGGAACAACCAGCCACACUACCAAGAGCCACAGAACCACCACCACAGGAACCAGCCAUGGACCCACAACAGCUACUCAUAAUCCUGUCAGCACAACAAGCCAUGGAAAUGCCACAGGAACCAGCCCCGGACCCACAACAGCUACUCAUAAUCCUGUCAGCACAACAAGCCAUGGGAAUGUCACAGCUCAUCCAACAAGCAACAGCACUGCCACCAGCCCAGGAUCCUCCAGCAGUCCCCCCCACCCGGGACCACCUCCACCUUCUCCAAGUCCUAGCCCAGGCUCCAAGGCAGCUGUAGGAGACUACACUUGGACUAAUGGUUCCCAGCCCUGUGCCCAUCUCCAAGCCCAGAUUCAGAUUCGAGUUCUGUAUCCAACUCAAGAUGGAGGACAGGCUUGGGGCAUCUCUGUACUGAACCCCAACAAAACCAAGGCCCAGGGUGGCUGUGAGGGUGCCCAUCCCCACUUGCUUCUCUCAUUCCCCUAUGGACAGCUCAGCUUUGGAUUCAAGCAGGAGCCACAGCAGAGCAUUGUUUACCUGAACUACACAGCUGUGGAGUACAAUGUAUCCUUCCCACGGGCAACAAAAUGGACGUUCUCAGUUCAAAAUUCAUCCCUUCAAGAACUCCAAGCCCCACUGGGCCAGAGCUUCAGUUGCAGAAAUGCGAGCAUCAUUCUUUCACCAGUUUUCCACCUCGACCUGCUCUUCCUAAGGCUACAAGCUGCUCAGCUACCCUCAACAGGGACCUUUGGGCCAAGUUUUUCUUGUCCUAGUGACCAAUCCAUCUUGCUGCCUCUUAUCAUCGGCCUGAUCGCCCUCGGCCUCCUCGCCCUGGUGCUUGUUACCUUCUGCAUCUUCCGGAGACGCCCAUCUACCUACCAGCCCCUCUGAGCAUUUGUCCCAACACCCAGGGCACCAGGGGAUGCCGUCAUUUCUCACCUGACUCAGUGACAAAGUUAUCUUCUUCCCUCUGACUUGAGAAACAAAAGUAGAGAUAAUGCAACUGGGAGAACUGAGGAGAGAUGUUUAUUAAAUGUGAAAUUCUUCCUCUCCCAUUCCUAGUGGGAGAAUAAUAAAACCUACUGAAUCUUUA